UUGGCAGAAGGGGUUUGCCCGAGCGCUCGCGGAGCAUCUCCAGAGGCGCGGCGGCAGCGCCUGCCUGGCUCACCGGGGGAGCCCGCUCGGCACCAGGGCCCGGGGCCAGAACCAGAGAAAAGCAGAGGGACGGGGAGCAGAAAAAUAUCUAGUAUAAUACGAAUAAUUAUAAUAAAGAGUGGCAGGCAGGAAAAGGAGGUCGCGGGGGGAAGAAGGGAGAAGGCACGUCUCUGAGAAGGGGCCCCUCGCCGGGGCCACUGGCAGUCCCCCGCGCCCCGGGACGGCCGUCAGCAGCAUGUGGCGGGGCAUGGCCACCGCGGGGACUCCCGCGGCUUGAGCCGCCCUCGCCGUCGGCACCAUGGCGGCUGCCGCCGAAGCCGGCCUCGACGUGGCGGCGGUGGAAAGUUUCCUAGAAAGACACCCGGAGCUGGUGGAGAAGUGGCUGAAGAGGAAGAGCUCACUCCCUAAAGCACCUGCUGCCCCCACCGCCGGCCCGUCGGAGGAGCGGCGGAGCGGCAGCGGGCACGGCCCCGGUCCCGGCGGCGGCUGGGGCAGCGUGGGCGGCCCUGGCGGCCCCAGCCCCGGCGGCGGGGGGCUGCAGCGGCGAGCCUCCCAGAAAGAGCUGCGGAAGAGCUUCGCUCGCUCCAAGGCCAUCCAUGUCAACCUCACCUACGACGAGCACGUCCAUGCCCGGGCGCAGGAGCCACUGAGCAGCGUGAGGCGGCGGGCCCUGCUGCGGAAAGCCAGCUCAUUGCCCCCCACCACUGCCCACAUCCUCAGCGCCCUGCUGGAGUCCCGCGUCAGCCUGCCUCAGUACCCUCCUACUGCCCUGGACUACAAGCGCUACCUCAAGGAGCACAACGAGCGCCAGUUCUUCCUGGAGCUGGUCAAGGACAUCUCCAACGACCUGGACCUCACCAGUCUCAGCUACAAGAUCCUCAUCUUCGUUUGCCUCAUGGUGGACGCCGACCGGGGCUCCCUCUUCCUCGUGGAGGGGGCCGCUGGUGGCAAGAAGAGCCUGGUCUCAAAGUUCUUUGACGUGCACGCCGGCACCCCGUUGCUGCCCUGCGGCUCCACCGAGAACAGCGACGAGGUGCAGGUGCCCUGGGGUAAGGGCAUCAUCGGCUACGUGGCAGAGCACGGAGAGACCGUCAACAUCCCCGACGCCUACCAGGAUCGUCGCUUUAAUGAUGAAAUCGACAAACUGACUGGAUACAAGACAAAGUCACUCUUGUGCAUGCCCAUAAGAAGCAGUGAUGGAGAGAUUAUUGGUGUUGCCCAAGCAAUAAAUAAGAAUCCUGGAGGUGCCCCCUUUUCUGAUGAUGAUGAAAAAGUGAUGCAGAUGUAUCUCCCUUUCUGUGGGAUUGCCAUAUCCAAUGCCCAGCUAUUUGCAGCUUCAAGGAAGGAAUAUGACAGAAGCAGGGCUUUACUGGAAGUAGUGAAUGACCUCUUUGAGGAACAGACUGACUUAGAGAAAAUUGUAAAGAAAAUUAUGCAUCGGGCCCAAACUCUGCUGAAGUGUGAACGAUGCUCAGUGUUACUUCUUGAAGAUAUUGAAUCACCAGUGGUGAAAUUUACAAAAUCCUUUGAGUUGUUAUCUCCAAAAUGCAGUGCUGAUACUGACAACAGUUUCAAAGACAGCGUGGAGAAAUCAUCAUCUUAUUCUGACUGGUUAAUAAAUAAUAGCAUUGCUGAACUCGUAGCUUCCACAGGUCUCCCAGUGAACAUCAGUGAUGCCUAUCAGGAUCCUCGCUUUGAUGCUGAAGCUGAUCAGAUUUCUGGCUUUCACAUAAGAUCUGUUCUGUGUGUUCCUAUAUGGAAUAGCAACCACCAAAUAAUUGGGGUAGCUCAAGUGUUGAACAGGCUUGAUGGGAAACCCUUUGACGAUGCUGACCAACGGCUAUUUGAAGCUUUUGUUAUUUUUUGUGGCCUGGGCAUCAACAACACAAUUAUGUAUGACCAAGUGAAGAAAUCCUGGGCAAAACAAUCUGUGGCUCUUGAUGUGUUAUCUUAUCAUGCAACAUGUUCGAAGGCAGAAGUUGAUAAAUUUAAGGCAGCAAACAUCCCUCUGGUGUCAGAGCUCGGCAUUGACGACAUCCAUUUUGAUGACUUCUCGCUUGAUGUGGAUGCCAUGAUUACUGCAGCCCUGAGGAUGUUCAUGGAACUUGGAAUGGUUCAGAAAUUUAAAAUUGACUACGAGACGCUGUGUAGGUGGCUUUUGACAGUCAGGAAGAAUUACCGAAUGGUUUUGUAUCACAACUGGAGGCAUGCUUUCAAUGUCUGCCAGCUCAUGUUUGCCAUGUUAACUACUGCAGGAUUUCAGGAGAUCCUAACUGAAAUUGAAAUUUUAGCUUUGAUUGUGGGUUGCUUAUGUCAUGACCUUGACCACAGGGGAACCAACAAUGCCUUCCAAGCCAAGAGCGGAUCAGCCCUAGCUCAGCUCUACGGCACCUCUGCUACCUUGGAGCACCACCAUUUCAAUCAUGCUGUCAUGAUUCUCCAAAGUGAGGGUCACAACAUCUUUGCUAACUUGUCCUCUAAGGACUACAGUGACCUUAUGCAGCUUCUAAAGCAAUCAAUAUUGGCAACAGACCUCACUCUGUAUUUUGAGAGACGAACGGAGUUUUUUGAACUUGUCAGUAAAGGUGGUUAUGAUUGGAAUAUAAAAGACCACCGAGAAAUAUUUCGAUCAAUGCUAAUGACAGCCUGUGACCUUGGAGCUGUGACCAAACCGUGGGAGAUUUCAAGACAGGCAGCUGAGCUGGUAACCAGUGAGUUCUUUGAACAAGGAGACAGAGAAAGAUCUGAACUCAAACUCACCCCUUCAGCCAUUUUUGAUCGGAACAGGAAAGACGAACUACCCAGGUUGCAGCUCGAGUGGAUUGAUAGCAUCUGUAUGCCAUUGUAUGAGUGUCUAGUGAAGCUGAAUGUGAAACUGAAGCCAAUGUUGGACUCCGUGGCAGUAAACAGAGGUAAAUGGGAGGAGCUGCACCACAAAAGACUUCCUUCUCAGGCCGGAUCCUCAUCCUUCUUUUCCUCUAGCUUUACUGUGUCUGUCAAAGACAUAAAUUAAGCCUGUGAAAUGUUAGUGUCGCUUUACGAUAAGAGCUGUCUGAAAGGUUUUCAUAAGCUUAGGCCCACCAUUUUUUAGAGAAAUGCUUUCACAGACAUGCUUAAUUGAUUGGAUAUUAUCUUGACAGCAGCAUAGUUUGCUUUUACUGGGAGGCUUAGUGGGACUGAAAGGAAGGCCUACAGUGAGAUUACAUUGGUAUCUGGAGCGACACAGAAGACUUAGCACAAGAAGCAUUCAUUCAGCUCCACUACAUUUCAACUGCUGCUGUAAAAAUCUCUAAAGCUGACAACAGACUGAAGUAUAAGAACUUACAGCUUAAUAAAAUUAAUAAUACAGAGCAGAACUGGAAUGCAAGCUGGCCAAUUCAUAUGCAAGGAGCUGCAGGAAAACAGAAUAGUAUGUAAUUACAUUGUUGUUUUGCAUCUCUUCAGUACAUGUUAUGAAUCAAUUAUGCCUGCUCUUGUGAUGUUCCUCUCUCACUCUUCCCUCCUCUUUUAUUCCUGAAUGUUUGAAAAGCCUGCUUUGUAUUCUAAAGAGGUAUUUUUUUACAAGAAGCUUCUUAGUGAUUGAUCAAGGUCUUUAGAAUUGCCAACCUUUGCUACAAUUAAAACCAAACUUUAUUAUCGUUAAAAACACCAACCUGUCCCUGCUCCCCUGAGAAAUUCAUGUUAACAAUGCAGUGAAUUUCUCAGCAAGGGAAAGUUUGCAUAAAGGCAAAAUAAUGCAUGUUAAUUUUAGAGUAUUGGGGUUUUUUUCUUUUAAAAAUAUUUUAACACAUUCUUUUUUUAAAUUUUUUGUUUGUUUGUUUUUAAAUUACAGUGUCCCCUAAGGUAAAAGAUUAAUGGGCUUUAAUGAAACUAGAAUACAAAUAAAAAAGGAAAUCUGUUGCCUUGUGCUUCAGAUUUAUAGUACAUUGAAACAUGGACCAAGGAUAAGUUUUUCUAGUAUAAAUGCCAGUUGAAAUUAGUAGUUUUAAAUGGUGGGAAGAAAGAAUAACAUCAUACUGGACUGACUACCUCUUACUUCUCUUGCGGUUCUUUGAGUACAAUUUGAGAUGCUAUUAUUACAGCUAGCACAGCAUUAGCCAAGGCUCACAUGUAGAUGUCUGCAGUAAGGGUGUUCAUCAAAACCUAAUCAAAUAUGAUAGGUCACAAAGCCUAGUCUAGUUCUGCCUGAUGAUGCCAGUAUUACCUGAAAGUUGCUCUUUCCAUUAGUGCAAAGAUCAUUAGUGUAGAAAAACUGUGAUCUGUGAUUUCAGGGUGCUUUCUCUGCUGCAUGACCAGACACAAGAGGAGUCAUGUUGCAGUGCUUAGGAGUUCCCAUUCACAUGGAAAAAAACCCUUUGUAGUCCAUGAAGAAGGGCAGCAAAAAUUAAAGCUGAAUUCAGCAUAGUUUUACACCUGUGCCAAACUCCAUUUACUUCAAUGGAAUUACUUUGAACUGGCACCACCUUAAUGGAAAUCAGAACGUGGCCCAGAUGACUAGAUGCUAAAAAGAGUUUUCCUCCUUUCUAAGGAAAGUGAGUGGUUAGGCAUUUGAGAAGCUUACUAGUGUAUCAGACAAUGAAGCAGAAACAACAGAUCUGCUGAUCACUUCUUUAAAAGAAAAACACCAGAAAAAAAACCCCCUCUGUGCUACAAAUAGCUGGAUAUUUCAGAACCAUUGCAAGCCAAUCUUGUUAGUAUGAGGCAGAACCGCAUCACUUUAUCUAGCAGAAAGAAGCAGGGAAGGAGCAGAAAUGCAGACUGCACAGCAGUGAAUACAGGCACAUAAUGGAAAUGUUUCCGCUAUUAUUUGACCACUUCUUUCUUCUCCAAAUAAAGACGGAGGCAGGACGGCAAGCAGCAAGCCAUACAAAACUUAAAACGCAUACUUUAUAGUGAAGCAGACACUAGCAACUGACACGGUGCUGCUAGCAGGUACACACAGCUUUCCUGAAUUUUGGUAUUGCAUAUUGCUAAGUAUAACAAAAUUUAUGGCACAUACCCUACAGCUUCCCCCAAGGUUGAGUCUCCCCUCAUUUCCUCUCCUUUUUAUUGGCUUCAGUGCACUGUUGCCCAUGGCAACACCCACCGGCAGGGAUGGGGAUUCAGCAGCACCGCAACCUGACAUACAGCUGAAGCUCUAACAAUGUCAACCAUCAAUCAAGUGACUGUUUGUAAUUGCCUCUAUCUAUUUCUCCUGUCUUUUGGUAUCUUUGCUAUUGUGGGUCAGAAUUCAGAAACUGCUGACUAAUGUUAUGGUUCUGUUCUUCCAUCACAAGGAAGAAAAUGAGAGAGCACGGCUAGAUCUUUAUCAAAUUGUUCUCCAGCAAAAUGAAGCAGCGCUACUGAAACCAGAAGGGCACAGUGCUGCAUCUCAGAAUAGCAUUUGUUCUCUCAAAGUGAUAGACCACAGUCUUAAAAAAACCCGACCAACUAAAAAGUCUUACACUAAUAUAUUUUCAGCACUUAGCUUAGGAAUCAGCAAAAGACUUGCAUUUUUGAGAGAAAGAGUCUUUGUGGAAGCACAUAGUACAGUAAAGGAAUAUAUUGCAAGUUUCUCCUAUUUUAAGAUGGUGGAAAACACUUCUUUAGCUAGUAGUAAAAUCUUGAUAGACAGAAAUUGUAUCUGUUUGUUUUUUGAUAGGGAAACAUUUUCCCAGUACUUCAGUUAGUUUUGCCAAACUCUUCUGGUAUGUGCACAGGAGAGAUGUCUGUGUACAUUAUAAAAUGAGCAUUCUCUGUCUUUUCCGUGUUUCCCUGCCCACUACACAAGAAGAGAUCAAAGACUAUUGAAGUCAGCUUCUAUGACAUGAAUAAAACACAGGUCCACAAAAAGCAAGGACAAAUUAGAGAGCCUGUGGAGAAGAGGACAGAGAACCCACUGUUACCCAGGACAGUGCUACUAAAGUGCUGCUCAGCCUUUCCCUGGAGGUGCCCAAUAGAUAAGUUAUCACCUUUUUGUCCCAGUUGUUAGUGGAAAUUUGGCCUUGAUUGAUGGCUCUAGCAUUUACAGUUCCAGUGCUAAUGUGCUAAGCACCUGGACCAUCCUUAGGGUCACAGGGGCUUGUUCUCUCCCAAAGAUGCUUUGAGCUGGUUCAAUGGCAAUGCUUUUUUUUCUAGAUGUCCUAUUAAGUAGUGGGAACUGCAGCCUGGAUUCAGUCAGGUGUCUUGUCUCAUGAAUUGGAGGCCAUGAUGUCUCAUGGGAGCCAACCAGCAGCCUUCACUUUAUCAGCACAAAAUUCCCAGAAGACCUAGAUCUCCAUCCCCAUCCUUAAAGACAGUUCAGGCCACACAGUAAUUCCACUCAGGACUCCCACCCAUGAGACUACUUACCAAAAUCAACCUUUCCUCACUGAGAAAAAAAAAAGGACAAAUGCCCUGGGAUUGCACAGGGUAACCAGGAAAGAGCCUGACAUUUGAAUCCUACUUGAUUUGGAGCAGGCUUUUGAACUGCAGGUGCACCUUCCCCACUAGUCUGUGGGGAAUCGCAAGGGUGGGCAUGUCUCCUGCCCUCCCACUCAAGCCCCUUUCAUGUGCUCAGCAAGGAGAUGUGUACCUGCUGGGUACAGCCUCAGUUUUUGCUUCACUCUUGGAGGAGGCACAGAGCAGACAGGCUUUGGCGGAAAUGCUCAGGAGGGGCUCAUAGUUAAAGCCUCUCAAACUAAAGCACUACCCUGCAACAUGACACUGUGACCCCACCAGAAAACCAGACACACUUCUACACGAGGAGUAGCUGAGGUAGAGGCUCUCCUGUGGUUCCAACAGAAGAGUUUCCCACCUCCCAAGAAUGAGACAUCUAAGAGGUGUCUUUGGCCGUAGUUCAGUUGGCAAAAUCAGAUAAUUUCCCCUAAAAGUACCCUAUCAUUUUGCCUUUCUCCCAGUUUGGGACCUACAGGCAAAACAGAACAGCUUCAUAACAUGACCAAGACACAGAGCUCUGCCUCUGUCAAGAGGCAGUUUUGCUCCAGCUCCAAAGCAGAAUCACACUUACAUUGCUGGGCAGCAGUAGCACACAGCAGCUAAACCCAGCUGCCUCAUGGCAAUGGGACACUGAACGCCCCAUACGGCUCUGCCACAGCCAGCCCUAUUUGCAGAGCCAGGGAUCUUACUGAGAAGGACGUUAGUAUGUUUUGUGCCCUUCAGAAAAUAACCAUAGAGUAGACAUGUAUGUUUAAUUUUAGCUCAGGUAUUCCUUCAGAUGGUGUCCCUGAUACAGCAGCUCCAUUUUUUUCUGGGCUGGUGACCUUGAUAAUUGCUCUUUAUAGUGCCCUGCAAUCUCAUAAUGUGCCUGUAGUAAUCAAAGCCAAUACUAGUAUUCACAAAUUAUUUUUGAAAACUGCAACCAGCAGUGCCUAAUGUCAUUUGUAAUAUUUAGACAAAUUAAUCAUAGUGGAAAAAUAGGAGUGUUUCAGUCUACAGGCCAAAUACUUAUUUACCCAUCAUAAAAUUAAAACAGUAUCAGUUUUUCAGUUAUUGAUGGAUUGUUUAUGCACCAAGUGACAUUUUAGGUUUAUUUCAAGGUUACAUACAACAUCUUAACAGACACUUCCAAUGCUUAGAAUGUUCUGGGCAAGAAAACGUAGAGUAAGACAAUUUUUUAAAUGGCUUUGUCAAAGAAAAUGAGAUUUUUAAGAGUAAAACCACAUGAAGGGUUUCUAACAUAACAGUGAAACGGGAGAUAUAAACCAGCUGAAAUGAGAGACCCCAGAGCUGUCCAUCACUUGAAUGUGCAAGUAUUGGAAUACAUAGUGUAUAUUGCCUGUUACCUUUUCUUUCUUGGAUUACUUUGUAUUUAAUUACCAAUUUAUAAGCAUGUUGGACACUGCAUCUUACUUCUGUGUGAGGAAUACCAUUACAAGCUUUGAACCUUUGCCCGUGGAAAAGAACUGACACAUUCACAGAAAUGUUGUGUGUAUAAGGCAAGUGAAUCCUACAUCCUUUCAGAACAUGUAACUUGAAGACUUUUGCAUCCUUUUCUUUUUGGCAUUUAAAGACCAUUGCCCUCAGUGUUUUGCUUUGGUAGAUCAAACAAUGCUGAUUCAGCUUUU